AUGCUAUCAUUUAUACCAUUCUCAACCGGCCGACACAGUUGUAGCCUCUUUGAUAUACGGCUCGAUCAAGACUUCAUUGUCUUUCGGGGAAACGACCAUGAGGCGUCCGGCCAGCUGCUCAAAGGGGUUGUAGUUCUCUGCCUGUCGUCCCCGCUGCGCAUAGAAGACAUCCACCUGCGCCUCGUGGGCACUCUGCGUUUAUCAUGGACUGAACAUAGGUCGAGCGCUCCCGGCAUUUCAGGCCAAAAGGUCGACAAAACCACCACGAUUCUCGACCAUCGGUGGCAACCGUUCGUUGGUGUCCAUGGGAAGAGCAUGACCCUUCCUACCGGCAAUUACGAAUACCCUUUCGAGUUUCUGUUACCGGGAGAUACGGCCGAAAGCGUGGAGGGCAUACCAGAAGCUUCAAUCACAUACCGCCUCAAGGCCACGAUCAGCCGCGGUAAGCUUGCACACGACUUGCACGCAUACAAGCAUUUGCGCAUCAUCCGCACUCUGGAGCCUGGCGCUCUAGAGUUUCUACAUGCUAUGAGCGUGGAGAACAUCUGGCCCAACAAGCUUGACUAUUCCAUAAUAAUGCCACAAAAGGCUGUCGUUUUCGGCGGCACCAUCCACAUGCGGAUGCGGUUCACCCCCCUUCUGAAGGGCUUGGAACUGGGGGACAUCACGGCCAAGAUGGUUGAGGUUCGCGAAUGCUGGAUUCAAGGCGCAACAGGACUCAGCUUGCGUGAACACAAGACAGAGCGCGGGGUUGCUACCUGGCGCUUUGGGGUCAGCCGCGAACAAGAUUGGCAUGACAUGAUCGAGGACACUGGCCAGGAGGGCUGGGCGCUGGUAAAACCUCUGCCAUUGCCCAAACGCCUACGCCAGUGCAUCCAGGACCUGAAUCACCACGGGAUCAAAGUCCGUCACAAAAUCAGACUGACUGUCGCGUUGAAAAACCCUGACGGCCACGUUUCGGAGCUUCGCGCCACCCUGCCCGUGUCGAUAUUCAUUUCCCCCCACAUACCAUUCGACGAACAUGGUAAUCUGGUGAGCCAGACCCAAGACGGCGGCAACGCUCUCACCAACGUGGACGCAACGAUCGCACCGCCAGGCUAUGGCGAGCACGUGUUGGACCAACUCUAUGAGAAUGUCGACAUUUCCGGGUUCCAAACCCCGGCUGUUCAGUCGGGCGUCAGCAGCCCGUUUUACGCUCAGUCCAGGAGCGGCUCUGUAGAGAAUUUGACUAGUCCUGGUCACAGUGGGACGAUAGCGCCGGCCGCUCUUUCGUCCAGAUUGGCAGAUGUAUCACUUGACCCGUCUCACAGAAAUCGCUCCUUCACGUCAAUGCCCUCGCAAUCCCCGUCGGGCGGGCUAUCACCAGCACCAGGACUGCACGGCUGCGCGCCACGGUCCGAACCGCCCUCAAUGAGCUUGACGAGAAAAGCUAGCAGCGAGGACGAGUCGACCAGAAACCCAACGGAGCAAGCUGAACUCGACGCGGCCGAACUAGCAGAGCUGAACCGUGUGCCGAGCUAUGCCACGGCGGUGCGCACGCCAGCACGGUCUUGGACGCAACCCACAGCCGGACUGGUUCCGGACUAUGAGACUGCCCUCCACGCACCUCGCACACCUCCGGCAACGGAUGGAAAUGUCGAAAUUCUCGGCCCCUUAUCCGGAGACGGAACCGCUGAGCAGAGUGGUGUUGCUACUCGCGCAGCAUCAAACGCGACCCUGGCGGUGCCGACCAACCCAGACAGCCAGUGUCGCUGA